UUGCAGCCGUCCCAUGAGCACGUUCACGUGUACUGCUGUGUUAUGCAAACAGUGGCGUUCCUACUUUGAAAUAGCAGCGCUAAACACUAAAAAUCACAGGGGGAGAAAUGAAAAGGAAACCGACGAAGUCAGAUGCAUGUGAAUCAAAGGGUAAAGUGAAGAAAAGGACCGGGGAGAACUGCGCUCCGACUCUCUCCAAAAAACUACGAGACAAAAAAGAUGCAGAGACAUCCAAGCGAGGGCCUCCUCUCAAGUCUGCAGGAGUCCAGAGGAGAAGUGGGUUUGGAAGUAUCCUGCACUACAUCUACAAGAGCACUCUGGGGCAAAGUCUUCACUCACAGAUGAGACAGUGUCUCCAGGAACCUUUCGUUCGCUCCCUGUCCUCCUACCAUUUCCACGGAGCCACCAGCCCCUUCGACCGCAGGAUCACCUGUCUGGAGUGGCAUCCCACUCUGCCCACCACUCUGGCUGUGGGCUCCAAGGGUGGCGACUUGUAUCUGUGGGACUUUGAAGUGCCCACGGAGAAAGCUUUCAUUCAAGGGAACGGAGCAGGGGACUUCAUCGGAGGGAUGAAGUUUUGCCCGAUGGACCGUUCCAAAGUCUAUGUGGCUUCGGGCGAGGGCACGUUGACCGCGCAGAGCUUUGAGGGCCGAACAGCCGCCCUUCUGUCCAGAACUGAAGACUGUGGCCACGAUCACCACAAUGUUUGUUACUGGUACUGCUGUGUCGAUGUGUCAGUAAGCCGACAGAUGCUUGUGACUGGAGACAAUGUGGGACAGCUCUUACUCCUGGGUUUGGAUGGCCAGAAGAUUUUCAGUGACAAGUUGCACAAAGCCAAAGUAACCCAUGCGGAGUUCAACCCCCGCUGUGAUUGGUUGUUGGCGACGGCCUCUGUGGACCACACGGUGAAGCUUUGGGACCUGAGGAACAUCAAGGACAAGAAAAGCUUCCUCCACGACCUGCCUCACGAGAGAGCUGUCAACUCAGCCUAUUUCAACCCACUGGACUGCUCCAAGUUGCUCACCACAGAUCAGUACGACCAGAUCCGGGUCUACUCGUCCUCCGAUUGGUCGAAGCCUCAACAUAUCAUCCAGCAUCCACACAGACAGUUUCAGCAUCUCACACCCAUCAAGGCCACCUGGCACCCUUCCUAUGACCUAAUUGUGGCGGGCCGCUACCCUGAUGACCGCGUUUGCCCCGGAGAUCAGAGGACCAUCGACAUAUUUGAUUCCAACACAGCAGAGCUCGUGUGUCAGCUGCAGGAUCCCACUGUUUCAGGGAUCAAAUCUAUCAACAAAUUCAACCCUAUGGGCGACGUGAUUGGAUCGGGAAUGGGUGUGACAGUGCUCAUCUGGGACAGGAACGAGUCACUGAUCAGAGACCGACACAAACAGGAGGAAACCUCGACCUCGGUGGACAGUUCGAGAGGCCAGAGGAGGAGUCAGCAGCGCUCCGGCAGGGACAGGAGAGGUCCCGCUGUGGAUGCAAAGCUCAAGAAGAAACUGGCCUCUCUGGAAGAAACAGGGACCAAAACCAAGACCCAGACUGGGUGCACAAAACAAAAACAAGCACAGAUGAGGAAGAAGUAAACUAUAAUAGAGAGGCUAUUGAAAAUCUAUGUAUAUAUUACUUUGUUUACAGUUUGUUGGGUCUCUAACUUCAGGGAUUGUUUGAAUGUUUAAAAAAUGUUCCAGAUGUUCUUUUAUGAACCAUUUUAAAACCAAAGCUCUUGUAUGUUCU